CUCAGGUGUGUGUGCAGCUCACGUUUAAUCACUGUGUUUUCGAGUUCUCAACAAGGUUGAAUAUGGCAUCAGCUGUCAACAUAUCCCCACCAGCUCAUCCAGGACCAAAUGGAGGGAGCCUACACACUCGCUCUAACAGCCGUGGACCGACCUGUGAGCAGCAAGAUCCAGGACUGCACGGCAUCAGCCAGGACCCAGGAUCGUCAAUCCAUCCCCAACCCCCCGUCUUUGUCCGGCCUUUCUUCUACGUCCACCCUCCACCACCCCCACCCCCACCUCCACCCCCUUUCCUCCACUACCAGUGGCCCAUGCCCUUCCCCUAUAACCAUUUUGCUGCCUUCCCAGGCAUGGGCUAUGGUAUGGUCAUUCCCCCAUUCCCUCCUCAUCCCUAUAUGGAUGCUCCAGGCCACAUUCUGUACCACCCCCACCCUCACGUCCAACCUGUCGACAGACGUUUCCUCCACCCCCCAGUCUACGCUCCUAGCGCACCCUACCAGAACCCAAACCUGACCCACAGAAUUCAUCUGUCUCAUACUGGCAAUGUUAGAGAAACUGUGAGCUGUCAGGUCCAAACAGAACCCAUACAGAGAGGUCGUUAUGGAGAAAGAAGCCCACUCAUCGGCUCAGAUUCCGGGCGUGGAACCGGCUCAAACUCUCCAUCUGCCGAGGUUAGGAACAAUACCUUACCCAGCAGUAAUUCACUAAUGUCAGUGAGUUCUCCAAAUAGUAUAGUUCCUGUUUGUAGCUCUUUUCAACAAGAGGAGGUUGUCAAAGAGAGACGCGUCUCUGUUCCUGACAUUCUAAUGAGUUGGAGAGGUGGCACACCGCAGGCAAGCAUUCUGAAAUUGGCAGACAAUCAGCCACAGAAUGACAAACACCUGCUGGCUUACGAAACUGAAGAAGAACAUAAGUCUCUUUACCAGAGUCCAACUCGGACCAAAAAUGGUCCAGUGGUGGCUGACAGUGCUAAUGAUAAUGCUGAGCGUAACCUAAGCUCUAAGAACAGUGAAACCCUUUUUCAGAUCCUCAAACUGCGAAAAGCUCACGGAGAGCGAAAGGCAGAAUGCAGAAGAGAAAAUGAACCGGUGGGAUUGUUUGGCUCUCUAAAGCGUAGCCUACCCUACACAGAAAAGCUGCUACAUUCACAUAACAAAUCCCGAAAGCUCCCUGACAAUGAGCAAGAUGAUGACGAGACAAAUCCACAUGAAGACCCAACAGAGAUCAUUCCCUAUCAAAUGAAUAGCUGUCAGACGGAGAGAAAAAUGAACGAGUCUGUUUGGUCUGUGGCGUCUCUGCCCCCCUUCAUCCCCACCAAGGAGUGGCUACUGCAGAACGGCAUGUUGGAGCCUGAAGUAACUGGCCCUGUUCCAAUGUCCAAAACACUGCCUCAGAAUGACCACCAGCUGCCGUCUUACGCAACUGAGGAAGACCAUGAUAGGUCUUUUUACCAGAGUCCAAGUCAGACCAAAAAUGGCCCAGUUGUUGCUGACGGUGCUUAUGCUAAUGGUAAUGCUGAGGGUAGCUUAAGCUCAAUGGACAUUUCAACCCUGUACACAAUCUUCAAACUAAGAGAUGACCAUGAAGAGAAAAAUGCAGAAUCCACAAAUGCUGUAAGGCGUAGUCUACUCUACACAGAUGAACUGCUACAUUCACAAAAGGAAUCCCGAAAGCUCCCUGACAAUGAGCAAGAAGAUGGCAACGUGACAAAUCCACAUGCAGACACGACAGAGAUCAUUCCCUAUCAAAUGUCUUUAAAUAGUUCUCAGAUGGAGAGAAAAAUGAAUGAGUCUGUUUGGUCUGUAAAGUAUCUGCCACCCAUCCCCACUAAGGACUGGCUGCUGCAGAACGGCAUGUUGGAGCCUGAAGUAACUGGCCCUGUUCCAAUGUCCAAAACACUGCCUCAGAAUGACCACCAGCUGCCGUCUUACGAAACUGAAGACCAUGAGAAGUCUUUUUACCAGAGUCCAACUCAGACCAAAACUGGUCCAGUGGUGCCAGACGGUGCUAAUCACAAUGCUGAGGGUAACUUUAGCUCUAAGGACAGUGCACUUUUUCAGAUCCUUAAACUGAGAAAAGCUCAUAAAGAGCGAAAUGCAGAAUCCAGAAGAGAAAAUGAGUCGGUGGAAUUCAUUGGCUCUGUAAGGAGAGAUGAACUGCUACAUUCACAAAUCGAAUCCCAAAAGAUCCCUGACAAUGAGCAAGUAGAUGAGACAAAUCAACACGAAGACACGACAGAGAUCAUUCCCUAUCAAAUGUCUUUAAAUAGUUCUCAGAUGGAGAGAAAAAUGAAUGAGUCGGUUUGGUCUGUAAAGUCUCUGCCCCCCUUUAUCCCCACCAAGGACUGGCUGCUGCAGAAUGGCAUGUUGAAGCCUAAAGUUAAUGACUCUGUUCCAAUGUCAAACGUGCCGCCUCAGAAUGACCACCAGCUGCUGUCUUACGAAACUGAAGAAGACCAUGAGAGGUCUUUUUACCAGAGUCCAACUCAGACCAAAACUGGUCCAGUGGUGCCAGAUUGUGCUAAUCACAAUUCUAAGAGUAACUUCAGCUCUAUGGACAGUGCAACACGUUUUCAGAUCCUCAAACUGAGAAAAGCUCAUGGAGGGCGAAAUGCAGAAUCCAGAAGAGAAAAUGAGUUGGUGGAAUUCAUUGGCUCUGUAAGGAGAGAUGAACUGCUACAUUCACACAAUGAAUCCCAAAAGCUCCCUGACAAUGAGCAAGUAGAUGACAAGACAAAUCAACGCGAAGACACGACAGAGAUCAUUCCCUAUGACGGGUCUUUAAAUAGUUCUCAGGUGGAGAGAAAAAUGAAUGAGUCUGUUUGGUCUGUAAAGUCUCUGCCCCCCUUUAUCCUCACCAACGGCAUGCUGGGGCCUAAAGUAACUGACUCUGUUCCAAUGUCCAAAACACUGCCUCAAAAUGACCACCAGCUGCCGUCUUACGAAACUGAGGAAGAGAAGUCUUUUUACCAGAGUACAACUCGGAACAAAAAUGGUCCAGUGGUGGCUGACGGUGAAUAUGCUAAUGAUGAUGCUGAGAGUAACUUGAGCUCUAUGGACGGUGUAACCGUUUUCCAGAUCCUCAAACUGAUAGAUGCUCAUAAAGGGCAUAAUGCUGAAUGCAGAAGAGAAAAUGAGCCGAUGGGAUUGGUUGGCUCUGGAAGGCGGAGCCUACCCUACACAGAUGAACUGCUACAUUCACAAAAAGAAUCCCAAAAGCUCCCUUACAAUGAGCAAGAAGAUGGCAACGAGACAAAUCCACAAGCAGACGUGACGGAGAUAAUUCCCAAUCCAACGUAUAGCUGUCAGAUGGAGAGAAAAAUGAACGAGUCGGUUUGGUCUGUGGAGUCCCUGCCCCCCUUUAUCCCCACUAAGGAGUGGCUGCUGCAGAACGGCAUGUUGGAGCCUGAAGUAAACGACUCCGUUCGAAUGUCCAAAACACCGCCUCAGAAUGACCACCAGCUGCCGUCUUAUUUGGCUGAAGCGGAGCAUGAGAAGUCUUUUAACCGGAGUCCAACUCGGACUGAAAAUGGUCCAGUGGUGCCGGACGGUGCAAAUGAUAAUGCUAAGGGUAACUUAAGCGCUAAGAACAGCCCAGACUUUUUCAAACUGAGGGAAGCUCACGAAGAGCAAGAAGCGGAAUCCAGAAGAACAAAUGAGCCGAUGGGAUUGGUUGACUCUGUACGGCGUACGCUAUUUUACGCAGAUGGACUGCUACACUCACGAAAGGAAUCCCAAAAGAUCCCCGACAAUGAGCAAGAAGACGGCGACGAGACAAAUCCACAUGAAGACACGACUCCCUAUCAAAUGAAAAAAAUGAAUGAGUCCGUUUGGUCUGUGGAGUCUGUGCCCCACUUUAUCCCCACCAAGGACUGGCUGCUGCAGAACGGCAUGCUGGAGCCCGAAGUAACUGGCUCUGUUCCAGCGUCCAAAACGCCGCCUCAGAAUGACCACCAGCUGCCGUCUUACGCAGCUGAAGAAGAGCACGUGACGUCUUUUUUCCAGAGUCCAACUCAGAACAAAAAUGGUCCAGUAAUGGCGGACGCUGCUUAUGCUAAUGAUGCUGAUGGUAAUGCUGAGGGCAACUUGAGCUCUAUGGACAGCGCAACCCUUUUCGAGAUCUUCAAACUGAGAAAAGCUCACGAAGAGCGAAAUGCAGAAUCCGCGAGAGCUGUGAGGCAUAGCCUACCCUACACAGAUGAACUGCUACAUUCCCCAAACCAAUCCCAAAAGCUCCCUGACAAUGAGCAAGAAGAUGGCGCCGAGACAAAUCCACAAGUGGACACUGCAGAGAUCAUUCCCUAUCAAGUGUGUAGCAGUCCGACGGAGAGAAAAAUGAAUGAGCCUGUGGAGUCUCUUGCCCCCUCUGUCCCCACUAAAAAGUGUCGUGAAAUGGAUGUCUCUAAAAUAUGGAGGCUAAAGCAAGGGGUGAGCAUGGUUCCGUUAGUAAAGGUCCCCUUAGCUUCCCCGACUCCCCUGCAGAGUAAACGCAUUGUAUCUACCCUCACUGAAGAGGACGCAGACACCAAUAGGUGUCCGCUGAUUCGCCGAAACGGAGCGGACAUGGAGGCGGAGGAUGGAGCUUGCAGGAACAAAGAAGUCCGAAGCCAGCAACUGUGUGUCCAGACGGCUGACCAGGAGACAGCCGACGUGUCUCCAUCAAAGGCACAUUUGGUGGACUGUGGCGUUCAGUGUACUGAACUACAGGAGCACAAGUGUGUAUGUGAGAUGAAGAGCAGCGUGGGACCGAGUAGAUGGCAUCAUGAUAAGAAGAAAGCAAAUCAUUGCCCAGCUGAAGGGGGAAAGCGGAAGAAGAAAAGAGGAGGCAUGGACACUGGAGGAACGUCAUCAGAUAUGCACAGCGGCCAGCAGGAAGCCUACAAUAGAAACUUUGCUAAACCUUGGAGAUCACAAGAUAUGCUCAGCAGCCAGCAGGAAGCCUACAACGGAAACUUUUGCAGACCUUGGAAAUCCCAAGGUCGAUAUGGAAGGAACAGACGCUGACACUGACUACCCUCUACAAGACAACCCUUGGUUUUAAAGAAUAUAUUUUAAAUUUUUAAAUCUAAAAAUGUAAUAUUUAAAAAAUGUAAUAUUUUUCAAUAA